CCUGGCUUCACACAGGACAGCAAACAACGGAUAGAGCAGCGUCCCGCCUCCUGCCAGCCGCUCUGUUCUACAUGGACGUAAGACGAAGCCAGGAGCGGCAAUAAAAUGAAACUAAAUGACACACACCCCCCUCGGCUUCCUUGCCCUUUUGUUUUACAACCUACUUGGUAAUAGGUUACUGUGCAGAAAUCAUUCCUGUCUUGGAGGGGAUGCUUGUGUGAUGUCUGGACCCUCUUCCCCAUGCAUCUCAUCCCCUGCAAGGAUUUAAAGCCGUGGAAAACCAGCUUUCGUGGAAGUUUCAUGGAUUCAAAUGAACGGGGAAGUUCAAUGCCAGAGCCUUAUUUGGGGAAGCAACAUCAAGAAGGGAAUGUCCCUGAAAAUCUAAUAGCGAGAACACCUUUCCGAGGGAAAUUACAGUAAAGCUUGUGUGCUCCAGUGGAAGGAAGAGGAGGAGGAGGAAUGCAGAUAACGUAGAAUGAAAGAGCAUCAGUGAACCAGUGCACACAACAACUGAAGUAUAACGGUUGAGCUCGUAUUUUGGGGGUUCUUUUUCUUGUUAUAUUUCGGGUCAAGGUGAGCUGGGAUUUUUUUGUUUUGAUAUAAUUUUUUUUUUACCAAUUUCCUACCAACCAUAGCUGGAAACCAUGGCUCAUCCCAGGAGAGGAGGGUACGACCACCGGGACAUAGUUGUUAAAUACAUUCAUUAUAAGCUGUCACAGAGGGGCUAUGAAUGGGAAGAUGGAAGUCAGCAGGUUACUGUUGAUCUCCAGGAUGCUUCUGCUGCUAAUAAUAACCAUUCUAAUGGUGAAGAGAUGUCUGCCGCCCCUGGUGAUUCGCAUGGACAACCUCACGUUUCACCCCUGUCUGCUGCUGCUUCUUCCUUAAAUAAUGUAUCCCAAAACUCUCCAACCACACCUGUAGACAAUACACCUGCUGCUGAAAGCCACUCUGCAUCUGCUGCUUCUACAGUUUCUCCAGCUCAGGGUGAAUGGAACGGUCCCCAGAGAAAUCGUAAUGGUGAUUCUGGCCGUAAUCAAGCGGAGGAUGAUAACGAUGAGGAAGAUGCCCUUUUGCGUCCAGUUCCCCCAGCAUUGCUUCAGACGCUGAGCCGAGCAGGUGAUGAGUUCUCUCGCCUGUACCAGCAAGAUUUUAGACAGAUAUCAGGGCUUCUUCAUCUUACUCCGUCAACAGUUCGCCUCCGCUUUGCUGCUGUGGUAGAGGAGCUCUUCCAUGAUGGCAUCAACUGGGGUCGAAUUGUGGCCUUCUUUGAAUUUGGAGGUGUCAUGUGUGUAGAGAGUGUGAACAGAGAAAUGUCUCCGCUGGUGGAUUCUAUAGUUGGUUGGAUGACAGAGUACCUAAACAGACAUCUGCAAAACUGGAUUCAGGAACAGGGAGGAUGGGAGACUUUUGUGGAAUUGUACGGAAGCAAUGUUAGACCUCCGUUUGACCCCUCCUGGCUCUCCAUCAAGACGAUAUUGAGUCUUGCCGUUGUUGGAGCUUGCAUCACCCUAGGAGCAUAUUUUGGACACAAGUGAACAUGUUUCAGGGAAUGCGGUGGAUUCAUUCAUAAAGCAGGG